CAUCAUCGGCAGCAGCCCCGGGCGGCCUCGGGCGGGGCCGGCCGGACGGACAGACCGACAGAGGGCGCCGGGGGCGCGUGGCCCGCCCGGGCCAGCCAUGGAGGGAGCCUCGUUUGGCGCGGGUCGCGCGGGGGCCGCCCUGGACCCCGUGAGCUUCGCGCGGCGGCCCCAGACCCUGCUGCGGGUCGCGUCCUGGGUGUUCUCCAUCGCCGUCUUCGGGCCCAUUAUCAACGAAGGCUACGUGAACGCCGACAGCGGUCCGGAGCUGCGCUGCGUCUUCAACGGGAACGCGGGCGCCUGCCGCUUCGGCGUCGUGCUUGGCCUCGGGGCCUUCCUCGCCUGCGCCGCCUUCCUGCUGCUCGACGUGCGCUUCCAGCAGAUCAGCAGCGUCCGCGACCGCCGCCGCGCGGUGCUCCUCGACCUGGGCUUCUCAGGGCUCUGGUCCUUUCUGUGGUUCGUGGGCUUCUGCUUUCUCACCAACCAGUGGCAGCGCACGGCGCCCGGGCAGGGCACGAUGCAGGCGGAAGACGCGGCGCGGGCAGCCAUCGCCUUCAGCUUCUUUUCCAUCUUCAGCUGGGCGGCGCUCACCGUGAAGGCCCUGCAGCGGUUCCGCCUGGGCACCGACAUGUCGCUCUUUGCCACCGAACAGCUGGGCGCUGGGGCGGGCCAGGGCUACCCCGGUUAUCCAGUGGGCAGCGGCGUGGAGGGCACCGAGACCUACCAGAACCCACCCUUCACCGAGACCCUGGACACAAACCCCAAAGGGUACCAGGUGCCCGCCUACUAGUGGCCGGCAGGCCUAGACCAGGGCUCGAAGGCCGCCCCACCGAUGUAGGGCCCGGAGUCUCCUGGGAGCUCCCUCAGGUCCUCCUGGCACAGCACCAGGAACAGAGCCAGUGGCCACUGUGGGCUGUCUGGGACCAAGAGAGGGUAGCCCCCAGGGUGCCUGAGCUGUCCCCUGCAAGUUCCUCUAUCCCCUUAGUCCCUGGCCCCCAGGCCUGAGGUCCUGAGAGGGGGCAGUACAACCCUGGGCAUGUGCCCUCCAGCCUCCAGUGAACCAGCCUGGGUAGGUCCCCUCGUGAGCCAGCCAACCUGGGGCUCACUUGUUCACUCUGGGGUCAGGGGUCCUGCAGCCCUCCAUAGCCAGGUGCAGGAGCUGCUCCCGCCCCACCCCCAUCCCGUGGCCUGGGGAACAUGGCCACUGUUCCCCAUCCUGUGUCCUUGUGGGUAGUGAUGGUCCUUGCUCCUGUCAUGGUGGCUCACCUGUUGGGCCAUGCACUCUGUCUGGAGCCUCCCUCCAGUUCCUCUCACAGGCUCACUAGGGUAGCCUGGCCCUGUCGAUGUUGUGAUUGUGGUCAAGUCUUCAGAUUCCACCUUCCAGUUUCCCACAAGCAGCCCCUCUGUCUGCAGCCCCUGCUCCAGCCCCUACCUGCCUUGGCCCAGGCCCCUGCCCAGGUGUGGGUAGUUCUGGCCACGAAGGUACAACAUGGCUGUAGGCCUGGGCAGCAGCCCUUCAGUAAGACCUUCCUUGCCUAAGGGGGACUCGGGACACCUGGGUUCCUGGGAGGACAAGCACCACAGGAGUGGCCUAGAAGCUCCAUCUGCCCACAGUGCCCCAGAGAUGGCCAUUCCGUACAAGCCCCUUUACAUUGGCUUCCUGGACCAGUCCCUCAACUCCCCACCCUGCACCCCGUUUUAAGGCCCAGCCCGAGGUUGGGGUUCCUGUGUGUAGCUGACUACUCAUGCAUUGCUCAAAGCUGGCUUUUCACGAUAUGUCAACACCAAAUGCGGUUGCUACAUUUCACUCUUACAGACAGACGCCUCCCUCUGGAGUUGCAGUUGAGUGACAACCUGUACAUUGUAGCAUAGACCAAUUACGUGUGGAUAUUUAAGUGAACAUGUUUACAAUUUUUGUACAUAUGGAUCUCUCCUUUCCCCUUAUGAAAGAACAAUCCGUGAUUGUGUAUUUUCAGUGUCCCAGGUUCCAACUGCAACUUCUUUACAAUAAAGACUGUA